AUGAAAAUCCUCGAAUCCCAGUCCGCUGUCUUGACAAACUAUGAAGUUAUUCACCACGUCACCCAAGUGUCUAUGGGCAGCAAACGGAUGGGCAAAAAGGGCCCAGCGAACUACGAGACCCUUCGGAAAGAAGUCAUCCAGUAUCUCACAACCUCACCAAGCCCGCUGAGCCAGAAACCCCUACCCUACACCCAGGACAGUAUCCGAGAACUCGUGCGACGGCUGCACCCGUACGAUCUGGCCAAGGGCGAGCUCAUCAUGAUCUUCAACCUUCGGCCAGCCAACGUCGUGGCGCUCAACACCAUUUUAGAAGAGAUGAGCGACCGUUUCAACGAAGACCAGCAGAGCGAGAUUGUCGCCAUCAUCGCCGACGUACUCGGCCACUUUCCUCCCCCCCAGGGAACCGACUCUGCAAAGUCGGGCGAAGGAAAUGGAGAUGUCCCUGCGGAGAAUGGGGCGUCCUAG